CUCAAAUUUUGGUCGCAAUAAACAAAAUGGACAAAUACGGUGUGGACCCAAGCCGCACAAUCGACGGCCUUGCUGCGCAUGGCGUUGUUGUCGAGCGUCUCGGCGGCGAAGUGCAGGCAGUUGAGAUCUCAGCCCUAAAGCGCACCAAUCUAGUCGCCCUGCUGGAGGCCAUUGUCGCUCAAUCCGAGAUCAUGCAGAUCUGUGCGGAUCCGUCCGGGCCCGCGGAGGCUCUUGUGCUCGAGUGCCACACCGAGCACGGCUUG